CUAGGUGUGUGCGGAAAAGUAAAAAGAAUGCUUUGUUUGAACAGGGCGUUUCAUACUUCAUUCAGUAUGGACUGAAAACAGACUUUUGCAUGCAAACUUAAGUGGUUGCUUAACUUCCUGCAAAAUGUGAUUUUUUUUCUGCGACUGACAAACAGAUAAAAUGAAAUCAAACCGGAAUGUUAUUGCAUGAAAGUCGUUUUUUUGGUAAUGUUUGAGUGAAACGUUCUAAAAAUAGGCAAAGAAACGCGAAUAACGUGUUUAAACAGAAUGAUUUUGCAUGUUCUUUGUCAUCGUAUCUUUUGGAAAGGGGUGCAUAUAAAAUAUAUAUCUAUCUGCGGCAUAAACACGUUCAAUUUGAAACAUAUUUCGUUACAACCAUUUAUUCCACCUACAUUUUAUGCGAAAGCAAUUUUCGAUUCAUUUCCCUUCUCAUGUUGUUCCUUUGUGUCGCAAUCAAAUUUUAAGUAUAUUUUUUUUGUUUUCGUUGUGAUUUCGAUGAACCUUGUUUUUUAUUUGAGCAACGAGGCCAAUCGACUCAUUCGAUCGAAGUGAUUUGAACCGUGAACGUGUACGCAAUGGUAUCGGUGAAUAGUUUUUCCGAAAUUGAAAAUUUGAUUCAACAAAAUCAGCAAAAGAUAAAAUUUCUAAAUGACAUCAAUGCUCAGUUAAACGAACGAUAUGAAAUCAAAUCGAAAUAUAAUGCGCUUAAAACGGAACUGAAGGAAAUGGAAGAUCUUGAGUCAACGCGCAAAGUAAAAUUCAAUAAGGAUCGAAAGAAAAAUCUCAUUCAAAUGGAGCACAUUGGGCAGGACUUAUGCGAGGAGCAUUCUAAAGUCAUACAUCAAAUCGAGCAUAUAAAUUGGCACUUAAGUCAUGCACACCCGCAUGAGAUUACCACCCCCAUCGAACUGCCAAUUAUACCACCGAAAAUUUGUCAUGCUGAUGGUAUUUUAUCAGGACGCGGCCAUGGACACAUUCACGGAAAAUUGCAUUGUUCAAAUAAACCAUCGGCAAACAUGGGCUAUCUUCAAAUAAGCGCCGAACGUUUGAUCAAAACAAUUUCCGAGUUACGACAUAAAAUAUGCCAAGCAAGACAAAACUUGGAGCAUGAAACCGAGCGAAAACGAGCUGCCGAGAAAAAUUUAACGGAGCUUCGUAAACAAGUAUCGAAACAAAAGAAGCUAAUGUCAAUGAGACGAUGUGUGCCGUUGCCAGCUAUCACAACCGUUCGAAAAUGUGUUAAAUAAAUAGUCAAAUAUAUGUUAUAUAGUUCAUUUUGUUGCUGGUUCCAUUGACGUCGAUUUCGGUGUAAGAUGUGAACAAAAAAAAAAUAUGUGACGAACAACGUAAGAGUGCAUUGGCUCAAUAAAUGUUACAUUUUUUGUGAAUAUUGAAACAUUUUUACAUUUAGCACAAAAUGAAUCUAUUCAUAUGAAACGAAAAAAACUUUGCUCUUUUUUUUAACUUUUUUUCUCUAUCUAUACAAUCUAUAGUCGAUUUAAAUAUGUAUAACAGCACCGAAAUAUUUCAAUAUUUUACACCGAUUGAAUUGAAUUUCCGGUGGCAUA